CUGAGGCUAUAUUCCUCAGGAGAAAGGAAAUUUUCCUGUUUUGAAACCAUUACUUCUGGUCAACAACACACAGACGAAUGAAACUUUCCAGUCUAGUCUUGAUUUAGAGGAUAAUUUUUUGAGUGGAAACAAAGCACCAAAAUACACCGGGAGGUUUCUUUUCUCUUUGAAUUCUAAACUAGCAGAACUUAUAGGAGUUGAGCACAAAGAAGACUUUUCUGUCUAUUCCGGUCCGAGGUGAAUUUACCUCCUGUCAUGAGAUGUGGGAGGUCUUCCAAACGACGUCGGUGUCAAUGAUACAUUUUCACAAUACACAACAAUUCAUCAACAACAAUGCCUGUGCUUUGUCUAAUCCUAAUCACCUGAUAAUGGCUUUUUGAACAAUCACACACGGGUGGAUAUAUUUCUCAUGACGUAUUUCUAUUAUCGCGCAAGUUUAACGAGUUUGAGCAACUAUAUUUUCGGUAUUGAGAGAAAUUUUGCUCAUGCAAGGAGUAAAACGAGAGCAACUGAGUAGCUAUAUGAAAACAGGAUAUGAAACUUACAUGUGAUAUGAAACUUACCUAUUUUCAUAAUAUGAAUAUUGAAUGAGGAUUGCCACAAAGUGUUUAUUCCCUUGUCACGAUAACACAUUAACAGAGCUGCGUUGGAUUCUUAACUUCGAGCAUGUUUAAAUACCUGCGAGAAAAAGAAUCUCGACUCAAAGUCAAGAUACGAAGAAUUGAAAAUGCGCUGGAUGCAGAUCCCGUUGACAUUGUUACACUGAGCCAUUUGGCAAUAAUUAGAGAAGGUUUAGUUAACAAUUACAUACGUGUGAAAGUUUGGCCGAAGCUUCUGCUGGUUAAUGUAUAUGACAUCUUUAAGCCUUCUGCGAACGUAAAGAAACGAAAUCGACAAUCCCUUAAGGAAAAAGAAAUUUUUCGUCAGAACAAAUACUGGUCCCAAGUCUGCGCGGAUGUCAAUCGUUCCCAACCAAGAUUUCCUCAAAAUAUGCGUGUUUCAAAACGAAUAGCAUUACAACGUCAAGUGAUUAAUGUGAUCAUGAGACUGCUGUGUAGAAAUCCGGAAUUACAUUACUAUCAGGGUUUUCAUGACGUUGCAGUGACUUUAGUGUUGGUCACUGGAGAAGAUCUAGCUUUUGCACUGUUAGAACAGAUAUCCUUACACCAAAUGAGAGAUUUUAUGGAACAAGAUUUCGAAAAAACAGGUCAGAUGCUUGGAUUAAUUCAUGCCAUUAUGGAGGUUGACGAUCCAGAAUUGGAGGAAUUUUUGAAAAGAAGUGGUGCUGGUGACAUAUUUGCUUUGAGUUGGGUAAUCACGUGGUUUUCACAUGUUAUCAAUGAUCCUGAUUCGAUAUUUCGUAUUUUUGACUUUUUUCUUGGGACUCAUCCUUUGAUGCCUGUAUACUUUGGAACUGCACUUGUGAUCGCACAUCGUAACGAGCUAUUGUCUAAUGUCGAGUGCGAAUGCGGUGCAGUACAUAAUUUUUUGUGUUUAUUACCUCUCAAUAUUCCAAAUUUGGAACAACUGAUUAAAGAAGCGCAUGAUCUUUUCAUGAAGUAUCCACCUAACACUCUCGAGCUUGAUGGCAGGAAAUACCACAAAGAAAGUUCUGUAGUGAUAAGCCAUGAUGAAUUCAUGGAAAAUUUAGCAAAACAGCGUCCUGACGAUGUUCUUCGACAACGCUCACAGUCCGCUCUGAUAGCGGCAAAUGUAAAAAAUCGUCAUCAUUUGCAACACGAAGACCACUCGUCAUACCAAGGGAUGUUUUUUAGGCUCACACGCUGGGCUGUAACUGCGAGCGUUGGCACUAUGGCUUUGCUUCUCGCCUCAACUGCAAAGAAGUGGAUGUAAAUAUACUCUUUAGACUUUAAAGUCAAUUCUGAGUUUUUUAAAAUGUUUAUCAUUAUGGCUUCAUGCAAUAAUGAAAUGAAUUAUUAUACUUGUA